CACCACUGCAGAUCUGUCUCCUCUCUGUGUGUGAAAGACAGGCAGGACAGGAGAGGAAGGAUCAGUGGGACAGAAGACGGAUGACAGGAGAGGAUUUUUUUUAACCCUCCUUGCAGAUUUUGGGAAGCCCUUGUGAGGAGACUAUCAUUCCACUGCCAUUCACUGUUUUUACGUCAGGGUUGUGGUCAGGCCAGUUCCUACUGCGGCUGUCUAUGGGAGAGAGGCAGGGUCCACCCUGGACAGAAUGAAGAUGCUUGGGGCUGGGAGUUAAAGCCCUCCUCCACCUGAGGGACGCUGGUACAGAGCUGGGGCUGGCCCCCUGCCUCAGGUGGGGGUGAAGGGCCCUCACAGCCCUUAGUGGGUCUGGACCAUGGGGGAUGGAGGGACCAGUGCAACCGGAGGGAUCAACCGAUCCCAUGUCCUGUUUGACAACUUUGUCCAGGCGACCACGUGUAAAGGCACCCUUAAGGCCUUCCAGGAGUUUUGUGAACAUCUGGAAGUGAAGCCCACCGAGCACAGGAUCUUCUAUCACAAGCUCAAGUCCAAACUUAACUACUGGAAGGCGAAGGCGCUCUGGGCUAAGCUAGACAAGAGGGCCGGCCAGAAGGAGUACAAGAAGGGACGUGCCUGUGCCAACACAAAGUGUCUGAUCAUUGGUGCGGGGCCAUGCGGUUUACGCACAGCCAUCGAGCUUGCUUUCCUGGGGGCCAGAGUGGUCCUCCUGGAGAAGAGGGAUGCGUUCUCCAGAAACAACGUGCUGCACCUUUGGCCCUUCACCAUCCACGACCUCAGGGGCCUUGGAGCCAAGAAGUUCUAUGGGAAGUUCUGCGCUGGUGCUAUCGAUCAUAUCAGUAUUCGUCAGCUUCAGCUAAUGCUGCUGAAAAUGGCCCUGCUGCUGGGAAUAGAGAUCCACGUCAACGUAGAGUUCAAGGGUCUUAUUGAACCCCCUGAAGAUCAGGAGAGUGAGAGGAUAGGCUGGAGGGCUGAGGUCCACCCUAAGACACACCCUGUCAACGAGCUGGAGUUUGAUGUCAUCAUUGGAGCAGAUGGAAGGAGAAACACACUACCAGGAUUUCGACGGAAGGAGUUCCGGGGGAAGCUCGCCAUCGCCAUCACCGCCAAUUUCAUCAACAGGAACACAACGGCAGAAGCGAAGGUGGAGGAGAUCAGCGGCGUGGCCUUCAUCUUCAAUCAGAAGUUCUUUCAAGAUCUCAGGGAGGCAACAGGUAUUGACCUGGAAAAUAUUGUGUACUACAAGGAUGACACACAUUACUUUGUGAUGACUGCCAAAAAACAGAGCCUGUUGGAGAAAGGAGUCAUUCUGCAUGACUAUGCAGACACUGAGCUCCUCCUUUCCAGAGCUAAUGUAGACCAGGCUGCCUUGCUGUCUUACGCACGUGAGGCUGCAGAUUUCUCCACCAACCACCAGCUACCCACACUGGACUUUGCAAUCAACCACUAUGGCCAGCCUGAUGUAGCCAUGUUCGACUUCACCUGCAUGUAUGCUUCGGAGAACGCAGCAAUGGUGCGCCAGCGCCAUGGCCAUAAACUGCUGGUGGCGCUGGUGGGCGACAGCCUUUUAGAGCCGUUCUGGCCCAUGGGCACCGGCAUUGCGCGAGGUUUUCUGGCAGCCAUGGACUCCGGUUGGAUGGUGAAGAGCUGGGCCCAGGGAAAAACGCCUUUGGAGGUUCUGGCUGAGAGGGAGAGCAUAUACCGACUUCUGCCUCAGACGACUUCAGAAAAUGUCAGUAAGAACUUCAGUCAGUACAGCGUGGAUCCGACCACGCGUUACCCCAACAUUAGCCUUAACUUCCUCAGGCCCAGUCAGGUGCGACACCUCUUUGAUACAGGAGAGGGCAGGGAAAUCCGCAUUGAAAUUGAGAAUGUCAUCAACUCGUCAACGCCAAAGUUGGCCAGGAAUGACAAUUACCUGCUUGACAAGCAGUUUCAAGAAUCGAUAGCUCGGUCCAGUAAACUGCUCAACUGGUGCCAGAGGCAGACAGAAGGAUAUAGGAACGUCAGCGUCAUGGACCUGACUAUGUCAUGGAAGAGCGGCUUGGCGCUGUGUGCCCUCAUUCACAGAUACAGACCAGAUCUCAUUGAUUUUGACUGCCUGGACGAGGAGAACCAUGAGAGGAACAACCAGCUCGCUUUUGACGUGGCAGAGAAGGAGUUUGGCAUAUCGCCAUGCAUGACCGGCAAGGAGAUGUCUUCUGUGGUGGAGCCAGACAAACUCUCCAUGGUCAUGUACCUCAGUCAGUUCUAUGAAAUGUUCAGGGACACAGUGCCACCUGGAGAUAAUCAGAACUGGAGUCCGGAGGAAAAAGCUGCCCUGAUUGCCAGCACAAAGUCUCCCAUCUCCUUCCUCAGCAAGCUGGGUCAGAGCAUAGCUAUUUCCAGGAAAAGAAACCCCAAGGACAAAAAAGAGAAGGAUGUGGACGGUUUGGGCAAACGAAGGAAAACCAGUCAGUCUGAGGAUGAGGAUAUAUCCAGGACUUGUCAUGAAGAAAGACCGUCUGUCCCUCCUGUGCAGUCGGAAAGAAAAAUGGACUCUGCUGCAGCAGCAAACCAUAAUAAAGUGAAGGUCAUGGCCACCCAGCUGCUGGCCAAGUUUGAGGAGAACGCCCCCGCUCAACCUGCAGGGCUAAAAAGACAGGGGGACUCUCUGCCCAAUCUGGACCAACUUUUGUCCCCUUGCCCACCGGCAAACCCUGUCACCGAGCCCGUACGCCUGGCUCCUGUUCCUGCAUGGAGAAAGAGGCGCACCCAGCGGCAGGAGAAGCUCAGCAUUCGCUACAACGAAAUGAUCAAAUGUCAGACACUGCCCAGCAGAGGGGAACAGGCCAGAAGCGAUGCCGAUCAAACGUCCAGCUCGGCCUCUCGGAGCUGCCCAAAGAAAACCAUUCUGCUACCUUCCUCCUCCUCCACUUCAUCACUCUCUCUUCAUUCAGAGAAUUUAACUCCUGAGGAAGAGGAACUUGAAUAUUAUCAAAGGCCUCUGGUACACCGGGAAGCGAAGCCGUUAACCACGAGCGACCCAGCUCCCAUUCACAUCCCUGGUAUACAGGAGAGGGCAGACCGCCUCAUCUCCAAGUUUAAGGGCAAAGCUGAUAAACCACCGAAGCCUAAGAAAAAGCCGUCCCGUUUCUUUUUAGAGCAAUGGUACUCAACCCGAGGUCUGUCUCAGAGUCCCGCUGCACCUCUGUCCUCCCCAGAUGCUUCUAGAAAGGACCCAGUGAGGCCUCUGGACUCUGACCAGAUGCCUAUUUAUGUGCUUAGCAUUCAGGAGAGAGCCGAACAGCUUGAAUUUCAGUUGGAAGGCAAGCGAGUCGGGCCACAGCCUAAGAAAAAGCCAUCUCGUUUUUUCAUGGAGCGAUGGCACCUGGCCCGAGCCCAGAACCCCCCUGACCCCCUCCCCUCCUGCUCUAGACAGCACUUUGUGAGGAUGUACACAGGAGGAGUUAGCACUCUGGCUGAGCAGAUAGUCAGCCAGCUUCAGUCUCAGGAAGAAUCCAAACCCACACAUGUACCUGAAAAGAGGGAUUUGGGUUCUCUCAGAAAAGAGUUUCCCGUCAACAUCGGAGGCAGCGACGUCUGCUUCUUCUGUCGGAAGCGUGUCUACGUCAUGGAGAGGCUGAGCGCAGAGGGGAAGUUCUUCCAUCGCAGCUGCUUCAAGUGUGACUAUUGUGGAACAACUCUGAGACUCUCCUCUUACGCGUUUGAUGUUGAGGAUGGUAAAUUCUACUGCAAGCCUCACUACUGUUACCGUCUGUCCGGAUACGCCCAGAGGAAGAGGCCUGCUCCUUUUGCUGCUCCAGUCUCAACUAAGGAAAACCAGAUGCCCCAAACUCCCACAUCGACCGUGGAUGCCCCCAGCAGGGGGCCGGCGGCUCCUCCCUCGGCAGACAUCCAGCCCUCAGCACUGGAAGUCAACGGCCUGCAGGAGCCCAGUUUAGCAAAGCGGCUCCGGGGAACCCCUGAGCGGAUCGAGCUGGAGAAUUACCGGCUGUCCAUUCAGCGGGAAGAAGACCUGGAGGAGGUGCCAGAGGAGACGCUGGCAGAACACAACCUCAGCAGUGUGUUGGAUAAAGCCACAGACGCUGAUCUGGGCUCCAGCAGUAGCUCAGAAUCUGACAUGGAGGAGGAGGAUGAGCAGGAGGAUCAGGAGGAGGCGGAGGAGCAGCCUCUCAGCCCUUCGGACCUCGGCGGCGUUCCCUGGAAGGAGGCUGUGGAGCUUCACGCCAAACUACGUGGCGACGGCGAAGAGUUGGAAAGUGAAGCUCUGGCUGAUGCUGUCAGCAGGGAUGGAGACGGGGAGGAAGAUGAGGAAGAAGAGGAGGAUGGGGAGGAAGAAGAUGAGGAUGAAGAAGAUGAGGAAGAAUCCAGUGAUGAGGGGGAUUACUGCCCCUGGGACAGGGAGCUCCUGUCAGGUCUUUGGCUGGAGAGGCACCUCACAGAUGAAGAGGAUGUUGGUAAAUUCAAAGUUAGGAACAUACAAAUUCAACAAAUGCUGCAGCCCGUGGAUCCCAACGCCAUUCCCAGUUUGGUACGAGUGCUGUCGGACUUUGAGGGAGACCCGGACGGCUCGCUGGGCACGGCCCUCCGACGCUCUCAGCCCUCUGAGCUAACACAAGCCUCCCCCACAGCCCCUGCCCACACAUCCACCCGACAUGAGGCAGUGAGAGUCUGGUUGGAGUCCUUGUCUGGAGAACCGUGUGAAGAUGAGGAGCUGGAAGCUGAAGCAGACAGUCCAGAUAUGGAGCCUGGUACAGAGUUGGAUCAAGAGGACAUUCCUUCAGAUGCAGAAGCUGAAGCUCGGUUGCACCAAUCGGAGCAAAACGAUGCUCCUCCAGAGGAAAACAAGGACACAGAAAGUUUGGCGAGAGACUCAAGUAUUGAGCCAUCCAGCGUCAGCCCAGUGAUGAAGGAUGAUAUCGUUCUUUCUCCACUCAGACCGUUAGCUGAGCCUGAAACCCUGGUAACUCCAGGAAAGUCUCCCAGCGUCCGUUUCUUUCCCGAUCCCUUCUUACCAGAGGAAGAGAAGCCUGAGAAGAUGGCUGUGUCCCCUGCUGCCAGGAGCCCACUCAGCCCUUCUCCCACUCCGCCGUCAUUUUCAGCUCCUAUCCAGUCUCCCACUCCUGCCACGGCGGCUAACCCUAUCAGGGUCCCCUCACCCACCUGCUCUCCUCUGGUCUCAAACGCUGCAUCAACCUCCGCCUCUCCAGUAAAACCAGCCAGUGAGUCACCUGUCAGAUCGCCAAUCAGGUCGCCGCUCAGCUCCCCGAUCUGCUCCCAGCCCAGCUCCCUACCAGAGCAGCGCACUCCUAAAUCUCCAGUCUUCCCUCACCGCUCCAUCUGCCCUCUGACGGGGAACCCCCUCUCCCCGAUCUGUGCCCAGCCUCUGCCCUGCCAGGAGCCCUCGUCGUCCCUCACCUCCGAUUCCCCCGUCAGAACUCAGCCAGUCCCUGCUGUCAGCUCUACGCCCAUGCCAUCCGGUGAGCCCUCCACGUCUGCAGACUCAUCAAUCGAGGAAAACUCAUCUAAAAAGACAGAUAUCAUUGAGGAGUUUUGGUUAAAGAGUGCUGAGAUUCGGAAAAGCCUCGGCCUUACUCCCUUAGACCGUAGCAGUAAAAUCUUGGAGAAGAGCGCUGCUCAGACUCCUAAAACAGACCCCAUACCCACGAGGACACAGUCUACGAAUGUUCCUGAGGAGCCGAAACCCGCUUUUACCAGCCGCACUGUCAUCCGCAGGCUCAACAUCACUCUGGAGGGUCAAGUCAUCACUCCGAUCACUCCUGCUGCAGCCAAGAGCGCCAUCUCUGUGACCGACGUGAGCAGCAGCUCGGGUUUGAACGGAAGCACGGCCAGGAGCCCAAUGGCAAACAGCGACAGCUACAACACGUCUGAUUCCACCAUGCUUACCCCGCCCUCCAGUCCGCCGCCCCCCGUCCCUGCCAACCAGUCUCCAGCCGUGCUCAGGCAGCAGAGACACCAAGCGUCUUGGAGCAACGGGACGGAAAAGCCUCCGUCCAAACGUGCCAAAGAGCCGGCCAGAACCAACGCUCCAGUUCCCGCCCCCAGAACACAGCUGAGCCCCAUUUCUAGGAAACCGUCCUCCCCUGAAGCAGCUCCACCAGCUGCUCCAGUGGUGGUAAUGAGGGAGAAGAAAAGGCAGCCUCGACCGCCUGAGGUGAGAAAAUCUUUUGUGGAAACAGUUGAGGAAAUCCCUUUCGCCGACGACGUAGAUGAGACUUAUGACGAGCGAACGCCAGAAACAAGCUUGAACAAGUAUUACACACCGCCCACCAGCAGGCCUAGCAAACCUCCGCUGCACCUGGCCUUAGCCAUGGAAAACGGUAAGCCUAAUAUCCCAGUGAUCCCAGUCUCCAAGGGCGAGAGGGCCACUCGCUUUUCCCCAGAGGCCAAAGAAAUCGCUGAGGAGAGAAUCAGAGCAAGGGAAAAGUCUGUGAAGAGCCAAGCACUCAAAGAGGCCAUGGCUAAGCAGCUCAACAAAAUGAAAGAGUCUGAUGUGGACAAGGGGCCCUCACCAAACGUGGCCACAGAUUCAGCAGCAAAAAGCAGAAAGUCCCCCGGAUCUCCUAAAGCAUCGGCUGUGAAAGCGCUGGAGUCCAAGAGGGCCGAGAGCGGGUCGGAGCGUUUCUUCUGCAGCAGCAAGAGCCUGGACAGCUCGGUGGCCUCCUCAGAGGGCUCCUCCUCCGGCAAGAGCAAGAAACGAAGCUCCCUGUUCUCACCUCGCAAGAAUAAGAAGGAGAAGAAAGCCAAGAACGACAGCAGGCACUCAGGCACUGAGGAGACGCCGCCAAAACACAAGUCGCUGUGGAAGGCUGUGUUCUCUGGGUACAAAAAGGACAAGAAGAAGAAGGACAACAAGUCUUGUCCGAGCACUCCUUCGUCCAGCUCCACCACCCAGGACUCUGGGAAGAAGAGAACGUCACCUCUGGGGAAAUCUUCAGAUUUAAAAACCCGAAGGAAUUUGAGCUUCUCUGAGGAGUCGGACCUGUCGUGUGAUGACGUUUUGGAGAGAUCCUCCCAGAAAUCAAAGGCAGACCUGCAUAUGGACAUCUUUGAUCUAGUGUCAGGCAUUCAGAAGGAGGCAAUAAAGGAGGAGAAACUGGGAAAGGAGAGAAGGAAAAAAAAGAGAGUGAAAGAGGGGCAGAAAGAAAGGGAACCAGAAAAGGAGGUUGAGAAAGAGAAGGACAAAGACAACGAGGAGUCUGUUUAUGUCCCUCACGCGCUGGCGUUCAAGAGAUCGUACGCCACAAAGAAAGCAUACACAGAGGAAGAGCUGAAUGCCAAGCUCACACGCAGGGUCCAAAAAGCCGCCCGACGACAAGCCAAGCAGGAGGAACUCAAACGGCUACACAGAGCUCAGAUCAUCCAGAGGCAGCUGGAGCAGGUGGAGGAGAAGCAGAGACAGCUGGAGGAGAGGGGUGUAGCUGUGGAGAAAGCUCUGAGGGGAGAAGCAGGCUUGCAUAAAGGUACUUAUACAUUACCCAAACAGCACAAAAGAAGAUCAGACUAUUGGGGAGAUUCUAAUUACAGUGAAAUCCUGGACUUGCAUCUGGGCGUUGAGCCCUUUGUGGGGAUGCCUCGCCGAAGACCACUCUCCCUCUGCCCUUGCUGUUCUGCCGAAGGUAUGGGCAAGAAGGAUGAUCCUAAGCUGAUGCAGGAGUGGUUCAAGCUGGUGCAGGAGAAGAACGCUCUGGUCCGCUAUGAGUCGGAACUCAUGAUAUUUGCCAGAGAGCUGGAGCUGGAGGACCGCCAGAGUCGCCUGCAGCAGGAGCUCAGGGAGCGAAUGGCUGUGGAAGACCACCUGAAAUCAGAGAAAGAGCUCGCUCAGGAAAAGCAGAUCUUGAAUGAAAUGUUGGAGGUGGUUGAGCAGCGGGACGCCCUGGUCGCCCUCCUGGAGGAACAGAGACUUCGUGAAAAGGAGGAAGACAAGGACCUCGAAGCUGUCAUGCUUUCCAAAGGAUUCAACCUCAACUGGGCCUGAAAACUGAGACAUCGUCGCUCACGGAGUUGUGAAAGAGAUGGCUUUGACUCCUCAAUCUGUACACAGACUGAAGCAAAACGGUCUAGAACUGUCACACCUACAGCACUGAAUGUGUAAAUAUGUUUCCAACACAGCAAACGCACCGUGGCUGCCUCCGUCACUGAAGCAUUCUGCAGUGUUUACAGAUCCCCUGCCUGAAGGCAGUCCAAGUUAAUCACUGCAGUUUAGUUCUUCUCCCUCUGUGUGGGAGGAGAGCUGAGUACAUAUUCACAGGUUUAUCAUCCCAGCCUUGAAGUGGAUCCUUUCAAGCAGGAGGCCCUAGGGAGAAUACGUAGAAACUUUUCUUUUGACUUUAGAAAAGGGAAAAUGCAGUCCUGUUCUGCUGAUGUAAAAAAAAAAAACAGUUUUUGUGUCUAAAUGUGCUAAAAGUCACAU